AUGCCGUCCUCAAUAGACACGAACGAUUCCAAAUGUGAACAGCCCAAUGGAUAUGCAUCGACAACAGUGACCAAGAAGUGUGUAGAUUUCGUUCGCCAUUUACCAUGGGAGAUUGUCAAGUGCUACAUCGCGCCAAGGCUAUUUGGAGAAGGUCGUCCCAUAGUUCGACUCCAUCAGCCUUGUUCACUAUUGGAUGUCUCAAGCAUCUGGGCCAAACGAAUCAUAUCAGCCGAUGACAGCAUCCAUUUCAUCCUCAGCGUGGAUCAUACUUCUCUAUCAAAUCAUCAUCGCAUGCGUUUAAGGAUGAUGGCACCUUUUAUCAAGUCGCUUGCUUUACCAGCUUCAGGUGCACAGCAUAUUCCUCAGUUUUUAGAAUGUGGCAGAUGUCUCUCGUUGACCAAGUUAAAUAUUUAUGUGAAUGGAACCCAAGAAGCAUUGCUGAAACUACUUGAAAGCACUGCCAAUUUGACGCAUUUAGAUAUCAAGUACCGUGACAACAAGCAGACACCAUUAUCUCUGCUCGACGUAUUGGAUCGCUGCCAUCACCUCAUUCGAUUGGACUUUAUACUCUACCGCCAUGCCAUUAUCGAUAUGACUCACAGCUCGCAGAGCGACCGUAUCUAUGGCAACAUCACCCAUCUUCGGGCUAUUUGUGAGGAUCCCGACAGUAGAGAUGUUUUCAUGCCACUCAUUCAACGUUUACCCAAUCUGCGUCUUUUGGCUUUGAUAUAUCCACCAUCUUCAACAGGCAUGAACACGAUCCAUCAACAUUGCCCACAUUUGCAACAGCUUUUCUUGAGCUAUCCAUAUGUGCCAUAUGAAAUUCAUGCCGAUAUCAAAAAACAGCACGACGAUCCAGGAUUGCGAUUGCUGUCAAUUGAUGGAGGAUUUCAUAAAGGAGAUUACCUCGCCGAGAUGAUGAUGCGACACAAAGCUACGCUUGAAUCACUUGUAUUGAUGAAUGGUCCCUUUUUAAUCAUCACACGUGUCGAAACCUUGUUGGGUCACCAUAACGUUGAAUUCAAUCAGCUGAAAUCGUUGAGGUUUCCAGAUGACUCGCAACACAGCUUUCUCGGAUUUAUUGAAUGGGUUGUUCAGCAUGCUCCCAACCUCGAGUCAGUGGAGUUCGUUGAUUCCAAAGCAUGGCCACACCUAUUGAAUGGUAUUUUACGCUAUCGACCUUUGAAGAGGAUUGCACUCUAUUGUGCCUUUUACCACCAGCCUGAAGAGUAUCAAUUUAUCCAACAUCAUAUACAACUCGGUGCUCAAUCGAAUCUCCAAUCGCUUCACUUAAGCUUUCGUUUUAUCAGCAGACGCGAUUCAUGGAUCUUUCUCAUUCCCAAGUUGACGCAAUUGAAAACACUUGAGCUAUCUUUUGCGAACGACAUCGUGCUGUUGUCAUUGGAUACAUUUAUCCAAAGAGUGUCUGAAGGCUGUAUUGGACUUGAAAAGGUUAUCUUAAAAUCGACAUUCUUCCCUUCUUCAUCCCAAUGGAUUCAUGAUUUAUCCAAGCACCGGAAUCUUCAAGAGAUGAUCAUUGAUACUACCCAUAUGCCCGAUCACCUUAUGAUUGCACUCGAAGCCUUCUCACACCUCAAGCUGCUUCAUCUCAAGUAUGACAUCAAGGAAUGGGAUCCCCCGGUAAAAUUGAAGAAUAGAAUACCUAGCUUAGUUUACACUGAGAAAUACUACCCCAUAUUGUAA